AACCUCUUUAUGGGCUCAUUUGAAAUUUUAAAUUCCUAUACUAGAAAAUUUAUAAUCUGAAAUACUAGGUUUAGAGAGAUGCUGCAGACAGUGGUGUUCUGUACAAGAGGUAAAGUAAUUCUCCUUUCACCUUUCUGAGUUCUUGGCUGACACCCCUGUAAUAAAAAACAGAUUACCAACAGAAUAAACCCAGAUGUUUAAUAACAUGUAUCCUCACGUAUACAUGGGAGAUACCCAGGGAAAAAUUAGUAACUUUCAGAGGUGAUUCAAGCUUAGAUACCAUUUUCAGCUAAAGAGAAAAGGAAGAAAGGUGGGGGGGAGACUAAUUGUGGGGAGGUUGCCUGGAAAAGCAGUGUAAUCAAGUGUAAGAUUUGUUAUGCAGAUUUAUGUCUGCAUCUUCUCCAUUGAUCAGGGUCUAAGUUGUCUCAGGAAUCAUCUUUGUCCUUCUUGGUAGAGGGAGGAAGGACACUUUUGUAAAUUUAUGGCAUGAUUUUAGGCAAAUGCAGGGAGGGCAGGAGCUUUUCUUGUAUCUGCUUCUUCUCAGUUGCUUUCAAUUCAAAAUAAUCCUUAUGCCAAAGUGGCAUAUUUUGGAGUGGCAUCUUCUGCUACCCUUUGGUAGGAACUUCCCUAGGUAGCUCUGUAGCUCCACUGCCAAGAACUGUGAAGGAUUUGACAUUUUAUCUCACUUGUAAGCCAACAAGUAGCCUGUCACAGUUUCAUAGAAGUUGCAGAUGCAUGAGAUUCCUCUGUCAGAGACAAAGGAUUUUAUUAUUCGUAGCACAACAGGCAGUGUGAGCUUCAGGCUCCCAUAGAUUCCUCAUGCUCCCAAAUCCCUCAGUGUGAGCUGGGCCUGCUAGGCAAGUGCUGUGCAAGCAGUUAGUUUGUAUCAGAAUGGAGGAACUGCAAGUUUUGGAAUUUCUUGCUAGCAAACCUACCCAAACUUUGCCCUGGAGGGAGAGAGUAUCUUUGUUACCUUGCAACAAAUUUCUCUGCCCUUGAGGGAAAUACUAUCCCUAUCUUUGAAAGUAGAUUUGUAGCAAUGCAAGAGAGCUAAGGAGACUUGAUCCCUGAUAUACACAGUUGCAAUACAAACGCAGUCUAUUAUGAUGAAAAAAAAAAUGCACAAAAAUUCUGACCAGAGAUUUAGACUAACACUGUAGAUGUAAAACACUCAAUCCUUUCUGAACAUUUGAGUAUGUAGUUAAUCAUUUAGAAUCAGACCUUGCUAUGAUUUGUUUUGCUUUGUAAUGCAUUAUCACUUGAUGCUUUAACAGUCAUAUGUUUUUCCUUUUGUCAGGUAGGUUUUAUCAUCUUUUUAUUUAUGCCACUAAUUUAACUUUAUAGCCUAAAGUAUUUCUUAUUGUGUUAGAGGAACUAAACACACACUUUCUCAAGAGUCUCCUGUACAUUAGCAAUCUUCCUUUCUCUGCCUCUUCCUGAUAAAAUUUCAGAAGGUAUGUUUCUUCUUUGUUGUGUAGCUGGGCAAUUGUUACUCAGCUUUGCAAGGUUGUUUUCCUCUGCUAAUAUAUAUCUAAAUCUCAUCCCCCAUCCUUAAAAUGUUAAGAUACAUUUUAUUGGUUGUCAUAUUCUUCAGAUCUAAUAUCAUCCUGCUCUUUUUUUUUUUUUUUCCAUUUUUAAGCUAAAGCUACAGCUAUCCUGUUCUCUCAUGUGUGUAUGUGCAUACGGUCUUUUUAAAGCCAGAGCUACCAAAUUCAUUUGAGUUCCAGAGAAUAGCAGAACUAUCAAAUACUGUUACUUAAUACAUUAAAAUAACUUUUUUCACCAUGUGAUAUAAACCAAGUUGUUGGCUAGGCGCAUAUAAUUAAGGGGCAUAUCCGAAGAGUUUGCCUAAAGGUUGAGUCAUUGGUAGAGUUCCCAGAAAAUAUACAGGCCAUCCUGUGUACUAACGUAUAAACAGCGAAUGUUUCAGUAUAAGUGUAUAUCUCGUGUGAUAUUUGGGACCUGCAUACAUUAAAAAAAAAAUCAUCGUUUAUUUGAAAAUGAAAUUUAACCGAAUAUUCUGUGUUUUUAUGUGCUAAAUCUGGCAACUCUAUUCGCCAUUUCUCUAUCAAACUACAAAUAACCUGGUAAAAUUUAGCAUGAAGUGGGUUUUAGCUCAGAAGCACUCCCCUUGGGGCAGAGAUGAUGAAGGUUUCAAAGUUUGAUGAUGUGACGUCAACAUUACGCAAAAAUAAAUGUGAGUAACUGAAAGUUUUGAAAUUCACAAAUGUGUAUUUGGAAGCACAGCUCAAAAGAGUGGAAGAGUAGGUUAAAAGAAACCAUGGACUGGCGGGUUAGGGGUUCUCGGGAAAAGGAAACUUCAACCUGGAGACCCUUGCCAAAAAGAGAGUAAGUUACCGGAGCAAAGCCUUCUCUGCAGUUUGGUGAGGAGAGAGCGCGAGACCUGAGCGAGCCAAUAGGAACUGAGCAAGAGGGGGGCUGGGUGCGUGAAGCCAAUCAGAGAUGAGGUGGGUGGGAUUAGAUUCCUUGAAGUCGCGAGUUUCGGUAGCUUGGGCCCCGAAGGACGGGACUCAGCCAAUCGGAGCCGAGCAAGGCGGGGUUCGGCUCCGGGAAGGGGCGGUCGCAGGGAAGUAAACCCCGCGGCUGGCGCAUCUUUCUGCCUCACUUGCUUCUGCAUCUGCCCAGCGUCUGCGUCGGUUCCUCCUCCUUUCUUCCAGUUGGGCGGACGCUGACUCAAAGGGUGACGGGGGACGCUAAUUCAACUCGUCAUGGCCUACCCAGGAUACGGAGGAGGGUUUGGAGAUUUUAGCGGUCAGAUGCCAGGAAUGCAGCUGCAGAUAGGACAACCAAUGCCAGGAACAGGGCCAAACCUGCUCCCUGGUGGAUACCCAGCAUAUUCUGACAGUUAUUCCUCAGCAGGAGACCCCAUGUGGACAUACUUCACUGCUGUUGCUGGACAGGAUGGUGAAGUGGAUGCUGAGGAACUUCAGAAAUGUUUGACACAGUCUGGAAUUAGUGGAACUUAUUCUCCCUUCAGUUUGGAAACCUGCAGAAUUAUGAUCGCCAUGUUGGAUAGAGAUUACACAGGAAAAAUGAGGUUUAGUGAAUUCAAAGAACUUUGGGCAGCUCUUAAUGCCUGGAAGCAAAACUUCAUGACUAUUGAUCAAGACCAAAGUGGCACAGUGGAACAUCAUGAAUUGAAUCAAGCCAUCGCUGCUAUGGGUUAUAGGUUGAGCCCUCAAACAUUAACUGCUAUUGUUAAACGGUACAGCAAGAAUGGCAGAAUCUUCUUUGAUGAUUAUGUGGCUUGCUGUGUGAAGCUUCGAGCACUGACAGAUUUCUUUAGGAGAAGAGACCACUUGCAACAAGGGGUUGUGAAUUUUGUAUAUGAUGAUUUUUUGCAGGGUACUAUGGCAAUUUGAAUGUCUAGAAUUUGAAAGCUGAAGAAAUACUGUGAAUUUUUUUUACUUGGAAGACAUGAACUGGACUACUUUGAAUUUGAUGCUUUUUUGGCUUUUCCAUGUUUCUACCUUGUUAUAAGUCUGUCCUAUUUCUAUGUGUUUUUACUUUAGUGCAUAAUUUAAAGCAAUACAAGAAGUGUUUUUGUAUUUGGAAUAGUAGUGCUUUUAGGAAAGCUGUUCACUUAACAUAUCUUAGUAUCAUAAAACAUUGGUAUAUGAUGAAUUGAUGUAAAUACCUUUUAGCCUUAAUUUUUAACAUUGUAAAUCCAGAAGAAUGUAUUUACAAGAUAGAUAAUAUAAGAAGCCAAAUGUGAAAGCCUAGAUAAAGCUAAUGUAUACUUACUUGAAGGUUACAAAUUAUACAUUGAAUUUUUUUUCCUUGUUGUUGGUUUUGAAGGUGAACUAGAAGUCUGGAUUUUGUGCCAUAUUUGUAGAAGGGUUUCUUUAUUCCUUGGUUGCAUAAUUUAAGAAGAGAAACUCACUGGUCUUUGCCUAUGAAGAAGAAAAUCGUAGUUCCUAAAAUUUUGUAUUACAUCACCUUAAGUAGACUGCAAAUUAAUAUAUAGAGAAAUAAGGCUAUAGGAAGCAUUUUUUCCUUUAUUUUUUUCAGUGUAUAUUUUUCUUCAAUAUGCUUUAUUAUCUUCUGUGGAAAAAAAAGUUCUUAACAGAACAUACGUUUUCUCUCUGCAUUUUUUUUUUUUUUUAUUAGUGAUGACCUAGAGGGCCUAAAAUGGCAUCUUCCUUUUAAAUCUAGACUUUCUGGAAGUGACACAUAUUUUUAAUGAGAUGUCAACAUUUCAAUGUAUUCUAUUAAACUAAAUUGUUUCAUAUAUAAUGCCAACUGUUUACGAAGUUAAAAAAAUCAAGUAAUCUACUAAUUUGUUUAGAUAUUCAGAAACUGUAAGUUCACCUUUCUUGACAACAUUAGCCGCAGGUUUUGGCAUUGCUAACCUGGCAAGUCGUUGAACGCAGGUGUGUAAUGUGGGGGGUACUGACCACAGCAGGCACCACACCCUGUUUCAGAGUGGCAUCUCUGUGGAAAUUGCAAAGUGGUCAUCACAUUCUUAGCAUUUCGGACCCCUGAUACGAGCUGUUGUAGUUAAUCCUGCCCCUUUCCUUGCAAACACUCUUAAGUCUUUCUUAAUGAAGAUUUGAAACACCAUGUGUUUUUCUCACACCUUAACCGAAUGUCUUCCGGCUUCAAAUGCAAGUACAAAUUGACAUAAUUUUAGUAUGACUGGUGACCAAAUUAAUUAUUCUUUUUAGAAAAUUCCGGGUUUCUUAAAGGAUGGAGGAUGAAUGGUAGCAUCUUGAAAAAAAAAAAGUUUCGUAAACUUACAGACUUUUAAAUCCACUUUUACUUUCAACAGUCCUGGAAAGGAAGUAUUGGGUAGUUAUUUUCACGUUAUAUUUUUAUGUAAUUAGCUGUCAGAUUCAUUUGGUCAGCAGUAUAAACGUGUGAAUAAAUAAUCCAUAUACUUUUGUCCUCUGGCUGCUAAUUUUUUUUUCCAUGAACAUAUAUUUGAUAAUGUGAGAGGAUGUUAACUGAGGUAUAAAAUAAAAUACAGUAUUCUAAUUAGAAGUGUUGUAGAAGAAACUAAUGUAAACACACUCUUACAUCAUUCAUGUUGAAUGAGGAUGAUAAUAUGACUCAGCAGCCUGGUAUCUUAACAUCCAGCUUAUAGGUAAUUGCAUUGCUGUACCGUUCUGACAUCAGUUAUAAUAUUUCUUACUUGUAGGCUAAUGGUUGAGGCUAAAAACUUUAAAAAUGAUAUAUGAUAUUAUUCAUUUAAGUUUCUGCCAAAUGACACUUUGUAUUAGAACUCUUCAUAUGAUUCUCUAACUCGUCCUUUUCCAAAGGUGUUUCUGUGAAUUUUGGUCAUGGUCAGUCUGUGAAGCUGUUUCAGUGACCAAACAUAUUUGGGAAAUUCUCACCCUUUUCAGGGAGCUUGAUAAAGCCUAAGGUACAGAAAAUCCUGUUUACUUCUGUUUGACAUAGUUUGUUCCAAAAAUUUUUGACCACAGAACUCCUUUCUCUAGCAGAACUAAUUUUCCAUGCCAAUCCAACUUGUCAGACAGUUCUUUUGCACUGUCCGUUAACUAGAUAAUCUUAUAAAACGUUAGGCAUAGAGGAUAUUUUAGAUGGAGUUUUUAUACCGAAAUGCAACUCACUUUUUGAUGCUUUAAAGAUAAUUGAUGUAAACAGACAUCCAUUACCAAAGUAAAAAUCAAAUAGUCUUAUGAUGAACAGGGACUGGAAUAUGAAUAUCGUAUGGUAGUUUGUACUGGUUAACUCACACCCAGUUUUCUUGUAAAGAGUAAAAUAUUGAAUAAUGUACACUCUUAACAUCUAAGUGCUUUUAUUUAUACAGUAAACGUGUUUCCAUGUCAUUUUGAGAAUUUUUUAAUAAGCAUUCAAAUAGCUUGCUGUAAAGUUUUGUAUCAUACAAAAUCUGUUAACAUAUAUGAGAUGCUUCAGUUCAAAUAACAGUGCAGUUAAUUCACCUCCACCUAAAAAACUGCCAAAUGGUUCAAUGUCAGAUAUUGCACUUCUAUUUUGAGUGGCAGUUUACACCUUUUAAAUUAUAUCAAGGGGAAAUAAAUACUGUUGGAAUCUUAAUUUGGUCCACUUUAAAGUAAUUUCAAGGACUGUGCUCAUUUGAUCUAUUUAAGCAUGCAUUCAGAAACAAAAAGUAAUUUAAAAGUGUCAAGUAAUAUAUUUAUUUCCAGAAAAGGUAUUCACCCUGGAAGAAAGUAGAAUUUAUUAAUGAAGUUCAAAGUCUGUGCAGUUUAAAAAAUGACAAACAUCAAUUUAUAAUUCUUUCUCUAAGGAAAAUAUACAAAUCAAGUUCACUUGUACUCUUACGGCAUUACUAAACUGGACAAACUAAAUGAAUACAAUUUGUCAGAAAUGUGCUUUUCUUUUGUACUUUUGACAAAUUCAUAGAUGAUAUGUUUUCUUGAAUUUGUAGCAGAUUUCUGGGAAAUUAAUAGGAAUAAAUUUGUGAACAUCUGGUAAUUAAAUCUAGUGAGUAAAAAUCCAAGACUUCUUUCACGUUAGCAUUUUUUAUUUUCUUUUAAACUUUAAAAUGCAGCCAUGGGUGUUUUAUUACUUUGAAACUUGUAUUAAAAACCACAUCUUUUUGAUUUUGUAAGCACUUUGAAAUAAAUGUACAAUUCUAAGCUAUCA